AUGGCUUCUGCCAUCCUCGCCAAACGCAGGCGUCGUCGCCGAAGGGCCGACAAGCCAGCUGCCGCCGCGACCCUCCUCCUCGACGGCAAUGUCAAGGGCGAUGUCGGCUUCCUGUCCGACGACCUCUUUGCUGAUCUGUUUCCUCAGCUUUCCAACUCAUCCUCCGACGACAUCCAACACGUGGCCAUCGCGCCCUGGGCUCCCACUGCCUCUCCGACCAAAACAUCAUGGACCCUGGUGCCCGUCCUCAAGAACCCCGAGCUGGGUCCCUCUAUCCUGCAGUUCUCCCCGAGGUCCCUGGCCCUGCAGUCCUUCCGCACGGCUCUGCAACACCUGGCCCCCUCCAAGCUCAUGGGCAACGCCCGCGGUGGCAUUGAGAUUCUCGUCCUUGAUGCCGUUGCCCUGCCCCUCGACACCGUCUUUGUCAAUCUCGAGAAGGAAUCCAUCAAGCGUCUGGAACAAGGCGAGGGCCACUUCUUCAACAGCCACCCCGACCACGACACCAAAGGCAAGGCCAAGGCCAAGACGGCCACCUCUCCUGAGGAUCAUCUCACCGAGGCCCUGCGCGUCGCACUGGGCAACGUGGCUGUCAUACACUCUGGCGACCAGUUUCUUCUGCCUCUGCCGCCUCAUCCCGUCACCCACGUGCCGCCCAAUGGCGGCGAGAUCGUCAUUCUGGGCGCACGCCGGCCGCCAUGGCCGCGAACCGUGGACUCAACGGCGUGCCCGAGGACGACGAGGACACCGCCAACGACCAGUUCUACUCGGCCGCCGAGGAGCGCUACAAGACGGAUGCCCACGUCACAGAGAUGGAGACGGUCACAGAAACAGAAGAGUCUGAGGCCUCGGGGCUCGAGCAGGAUGACGAGAGUUCUGACGACUCCAUGGACGAGAUGA